AUGGAAGCCAACAAUGCGGACCUGCCGGGCUCCAAUCGCCGAUCCAGCCACAAACGCAGCCUCUCAGCCUCUCUACUCGCGCGCCUCUCCUUCUUCACCCCAAUGGAAGACCUCCAGCCCAGCAUGCUGCCAACAGACGGUGCAAGCAAUGCAAGCACAAGCAGCCGCGCAAUGUCCGCCGCACUCGCGCAGCGCCGCACGCGCCGCCGCCGUGGCUCACUCCGGAAAACAGCAUUACUAGGCCCAAGACUGGAAUCACGAGAAAAAAGAGCUUCCUCUUCCAAAAUCGCCUCCGAUGCUUUUCGCACCAACAGCACUUCCACAACCUCCAUCUCCAACCUCCCCACCUCCUCCGAUCCCGAUUCCCUCCAACCUUGCACCUCUCUUAAAGGCCAACCCUCCACCGAACAUGGCCACGGCCCCACACCCUACCCACGCGCCAGCAUCGACGACGACGCAGACGCAGACGGCGACGAGUCACAGCUGAGCUUCUUUCGCAAUAACAAUACACUUAAGGCGAUUCGGCCGCCGAUAACACGGCGACGGCAGAGCGUGGCGCGGCCGGCAUUUCACGGCGAGGAAACGGCCACGGACGACGAAGACCUGAUUUCAUUCCCGCGUCUGCAUUCAAAUGCCAUCACUACGUCUGGGACGGGGAAUAAUGGGCCGGCGUCAAGUCCGAAAAGUGCUGUUGCUGGUUUACACAUCUCGACGAAACCGCAAUCGUCUUCCCCGGAUGCAUUCUACCCUCUUGCGCCUCAGGCUGAGACGACAUACAGGACUGUUCAUCGACCCAAGUCUUCACCUCUAGCUUCAAAUCCUGUUGAGAUGAAGAGUAAUGGGAAUAGUGCGGAUGUGGAUUGGGAUUAUUCCGAGACGGAGUGGUGGGGGUGGAUUAUAUUGAUUGUAACUUGGUUGGUGUUUGUUGUGGGCAUUGGGAGUUGCUUUGAGGUUUGGAGUUGGGCUUGGGAUGUUGGUGAGACGCCUUAUGCGCCGCCGGAGUUGGAAGAUGAUCCCACGUUGCCCAUUGUUGGGUAUUAUCCGGCGCUUAUCAUUCUUACCGCUGUCAUGUCUUGGGUUUGGGUUGUUGUUGCUUGGGUUGGGAUGAAGUAUUUCAAGCAUGCAAAUAUUUCUGGGGAUGAUAUUUAA